AUGCUAUCUCAAAUCACGAAACUAGCUGCCCAAAGAGGUUCGACAGUUGCUCAGACGUUGGGUAAGUCAUCGACGACGGGCGCGUUCAAGAAAGCCGUAGGCGAGGUUUCCUCUGGGAAUUCCUUCAAGUCGUUCAAGGACUACAGGGAGAACGCAAAGACGUACGGUCCCCUGAGUGCAACUCUAGCGGGGAAGCGUCACCUGACGGACGUGCAUCACUAA